AUGACCGACUUCACUCUUGGGAUACCCGGCUUGCGUCUUUCAUCUCUUCUCUUCUAUAUCGCCCAUUUUUUACUAUCCAAAAACUAUUGCCAUGCGUCUCCGUCGGGCCCAGAGUCGGACUCCUGCUCCACGCUGGUCCAAAACCGCUUUUUCGGCUUCUUCAGAUCUGCGACUACGUUUCCCAGCGUGCCUUGCUCUUGGACGUUGCAGAAUCCCGACCCGAGACGCUACACUGUUUUCAUCAAAGUCACCAAACCCAUGGAGGACUGCAUCCCUUCGCAACUUCGCACGUUUCAGUACGAUUCUUUUUUAGAAACAACUCGCACUUACUUGGGAAUGGAGAGUUUCGACGAGGUUGUUAAAAUGUGCGAUUUGUCCGCGCCUGUCGCUUUUCUCGAGGCGGGGAAACAGUUUUUACAAAUGCGGAAAGGACCCGUCAGACCGGGUUUAGCGAUCACAGACGGCGACGGAGAUUUUAAGACUGAAUAUUUAGUCGUGGGGAAGAGGAACCCGAGUAUGGCCGCCUGUCAGAUGCUGUGUCAGUGGCUCGAGGACUGCCUGGCCUCUAGCACCUCCAACAGGCCGUGUGGGAUAAUGCAGACGCCGUGUUUGUGCUGGGACCCCCCUCCUCAGCUCAACCCCGUGGACGGGUGUUUUCACAAUGGAGUUUAUCUGGAAAACUGUUUGCCCAGCGCGAAGGAGAGCAAAAAGGACUCGGAGCUGAUCGGCGGCUGGAGCGUGUGGGGCCAGUGGGCGCAGUGCAGCAGUGACUGUGGAGGAGGCAUCCAGACGAGGAAGAGGAGCUGCCAGUCGCCCCCUGAGGAGUCGUACCUGUGCGAGGGCGUCCUGGAGGAGGGGAGGCCCUGUAACAGCCAGGCCUGCGGGACCACCAAGACCAGCAAAGGGCGUCACCUCUCUCGCAGCCAAUCGCUUCGCUCCGUGGACAACCGAAAGCGCGAAGACGUAGACAAGCCCCGUCCAGGACAAGCCCAGAGCCAGCCGCCAGUGGACUCGUCCUCAGGGGAGGAGUGGUCGGCGUGGAGUGUGUGCUCUGCCACGUGUGGGGAGGGCUGGCAGAGCCGCACUCGCUUCUGUGUGUCCUCCUCCUACAGCACACAGUGCAGCGGGCCCCUGCGCGAGCAGAGACCCUGUAACAACUCCGCCGUGUGUCCAGUGCAUGGUGCUUGGGACGAGUGGUCGCCAUGGAGUCUGUGCUCGUCCACCUGUGGGCGGGGCUACAGGUCCCGAACGCGCACCUGUACCCCGCCGCAGUUUAACGGAGACCCAUGUGAAGGCCCCGAGAAGCAGACUAAGUUCUGCAACAUAGCCGUGUGUCCAGUGGACGGCGUGUGGAAUGAGUGGUCCAGCUGGAGCUCUUGUUCGUCCACAUGUUCUAACGGCACCAUGCAGAGGACUCGAGAGUGUAAUGGACCGUCGUACGGAGGCACAGAGUGUAAGGGCGACUGGCUGCAGACUGUGGCCUGCUUCCUCGGAGAAUGUCCUGUGGACGGGAAGUGGCAGCCCUGGUCUCUGUGGUCGGGCUGCUCGAAGACCUGUGGGGGGGGCAGUCAGCAGAGGAGUCGGCUCUGCUCCGGGCCCUUCUUUGGGGGUCAGCCGUGUCCUGGAGACCGCGAGGAGGUGCGCCGCUGCAAUGACAAGCGCUGUCCAGAGCCUCAUGAAAUCUGUGCAGAAGAUAAUUUUAACAACGUGGUUUGGAAAAUGACUCCAGCGGGAGAUACGGCAGCUGUGAGGUGUCCGCCCAACGCAGUGGGUCUAAUAUUGCGCCGCUGCUUACUCGACGAUGAGGGCAUAGCCUUCUGGGAGAACCCCACUUACAUGAAAUGUAUCUCCAAUGACUACCGCAGCAUUCAGACCUCGACGCGGGAGCACCUGUCGAAGGCGCAGAGGGGGCUGGUGGGAGACGGGGUUUCAGAGGUGAUGACCAAACUGAAGGUGACGUCCAGCGACGGGACCAGUUACAGCGGAGACCUGCUGGCCACCAUAGACGUGCUGAAGAACAUGACGGAGAUCUUCAGAAGGGCCUACUACAGCCCCAGCGGAGCAGACAUGAGGAACUUCGUGCAGUCCGUGAGUAACCUGCUGAUGGAAGAGAACCGCGACAGAUGGGAAGAAGCACAACUGUUGGGUCCAAACAUCCGUGAGCUGUUCCGUUUGCUGGAGGACUUUGUGGACGUGAUCGGUCUGAGGAUGAAGGAUUUUCAGGACAUGUACGAGGUCACAGAGAACCUGGUGUUGAGCAUCCACAAGCGUCCGGUGUCGGGUCACGCAGACGUCAGUUUCCCCAUGAAGGGCUGGAGGGGGAUGGUGGACUGGGCGCGUAACUCUGAGGACCGAGUCACUGUGCCCAAGAACAUCCUGGUCACUGGGAAACCUGAUGCAGACGACUCCUCCACGUUCGUGACGGGGAUUGUGUUGUACAGGAACCUGGGCAGUAUCCUGGCUCUGCAGAGAAAUAACACCGUCCUGAACUCAAAGAUCUUGUCAGUGGCCAUCAAACCGAGCCCGGCGUCGUCUCUGUCUGUUCCGGUGCUGGUGGAGUUCUCUCAUCUGUACAAUGGCACCACAAACCAGUCCUGUAUCUCCUGGGAUGAGAGUGACAGCUCUUCGGCGCUCGGAUCCUGGUCUCCAAGAGGCUGCAAAACCGUGCUAGUCGACUCCUACCGAACCAAAUGCGUUUGUGACAGACUGUCCACCUUCGCCAUUUUAGCGCGGCUCAAUCCUGAAAUGAAUAUGGAUAAAGCCGGGCUGGUUCCCUCCGUGACGCUCAUCGUGGGCUGUGGAGUGUCUUCUCUGACGCUGCUCCUCCUCAUCAUCAUCUACGUCUCGGUGUGGAGGUACAUCCGAUCCGAGCGCUCAGUCAUCCUCAUAAACUUCUGCCUUUCCAUCAUCUCCUCCAACGCCCUGAUCCUGAUUGGACAAACACAGACACGGAACAAGAUCUUGUGCACGUUGAUCGCGGCGUUCCUGCAUUUCUUCUUCCUGUCGUCGUUCUGUUGGGUUCUGACUGAAGCGUGGCAGUCUUACAUGGCAGUGACGGGGAGACUGAGGAACAGGAUCAUACGCAAAAGAUUCCUCUGUCUCGGAUGGGGUCUGCCUGCACUCGUGGUGGCCAUCUCUGUGGGAUUUACCAAAGCAAAGGGAUAUGGGACACCCAGCUACUGCUGGCUCUCUCUGGAAGGAGGUCUGCUCUAUGCCUUUGUGGGACCUGCAGCAGCUGUAGUUCUGGUUAACAUGGUGAUCGGGAUCCUCGUCUUUAACAAACUGGUGUCCAAAGACGGCAUCACUGACAUGAAACUGAAGGAGAGGGCCGGGGCUGUCCAAUCAGGAACUCCUCUGUCCCAGAAGCCCCCUCCCAUGUCAUCAGUGAUUGGUCAGAUGACAGUGCCACUGUACAAUAUGACGCUCAAAUGUGCCAAGUGCGGAGUUAUCUCUUCGGCUGACGUUUCCACCACAGCUACCAGUAACGCCAUGGCGUCGCUGUGGAGCUCGUGCGUGGUGCUGCCUCUGCUGGCUCUCACCUGGAUGUCGGCGGUGCUGGCGAUCACGGACAGACGCUCCGCCCUCUUCCAGAUCCUCUUCGCCGUGUUUGAUUCUCUGGAGGGAUUCGUCAUCGUGAUGGUGCACUGCAUACUGCGGAGAGAGGUCCAGGAGGCGGUGAAGUGCCGUGUUGUGGAUCGUCAGGAGGACACUAAUGGAGACUCCGGGGGAUCGUUCCAAAAUGGCCACGCUCAGCUCAUGACUGACUUUGAGAAGGACGUGGAUAUGGCUUGCAGAUCAGGCACGGUGAAGCGCUCCUCUCUGCAGGGCGACGACAAAGCCAACGCCGGGACCCUGACACUGCAGAAGGGCUCCAACUUCAACACGAUGCCCGCGAGCAUGGCCAAAGUGCACCUCCAGAACGUGGCCGACUACACCAGCCACACCCUCACCAUGAGACGAGAGAAGGGGGCCACCAAGGGCAUCAGCACCGAGCUCCCGGGGGCCAAGUCUAUUUACAUCUGCGACGGCGAACUGUUCAAGCAGCUCGACGGAGAGAUGCCCAGAGGAAACGGCGAAGGGAGUAGCGGAGAUGGUAAAGGUUAUGUUAUAAUGCCGACUAACAACACAGGGACUCUAAAACCAUCCAAAAGCAAGGACGACAAGUAUAACAUUAACAUAGAGCAGCUACCCCAGACUAGGCUCAUUCAUUUGGCUAACCCCGCGACCGGAGAGCCAGGAUUCGGUCUGAAGACGCUACCCGCGGAUCAGGUUAGCGUGUCCUGCUCCGAGAGGGAUUCGCCGGCCCAUAACCUGCACCAGACGGCGGCCAUGAACGGAGCAGGGGAUUCUGGGAACUCCGGCGUCAUGACGAAGAGCGAGACCGUGUCCACGCUGUCCAUGAGUUCACUGGAGAGACGAAAAUCACGCUAUGCAGAGCUUGACUUUGAGAAGAUAAUGCACACGAGGAAGAGACACCAGGACAUGUUUCAGGAGCUGAGCAGGAAGACGCACACUGAUAGAGAGUCUCCACCAGAGGGCAGAGCGGCCAAAAGAUGGAGCGUGUCCUCAGCCAGCAGUGACAAGACCAACAUGAGUGAAAAGCAGCAGACCCCCAGUAAGCGGGGCUGGGAGGGCAUCCGGAAGCCCCACUCUCCCCCGUCUUGGGUGCGCAAGGACCUGGAGACGGUGGCCGCGUCCCCCCUGGAGCUCCAGACGGUGGAGUGGGAGAAGAACAGCGCCACCAUCCCUCUGGUGGGGCAGGAGAUUAUGGACCUACAAACUGAGGUGUAACUCCGUCCUUUUCAAAACG